AGAUUGAUUGAGUUAGUCAAUUAACAAGAAAGGUAUCCAUUUCCUCAGGAGACAGAUUGUGGAAAGUAUACUGACAAUUUGUACCAUUUUCAUAAGUUUCCUGACUGAAUAAGUGAGAAUGUCGAAUCUAGAGGACAUCCUGAAGAGAAUUGGCGAGUUCGGAAGGUAUCAGAUAUUUCUGUUCCUCCUGUUAUGCCUGCCUUCCAUCAGCAAUGGGUGUUAUAUGAUGGCGAUCGUCCUUCUUGCAUAUACACCAAAACACAGGUGUAAAAUCCCAGGAUAUGAUAACGACACAUGGACUGUCCAGGGUGACUACCAUGCCAGUCUCAUCAACAGAACCAUUCCUCCAUCGGAUGACUCAUUUUACGACUACGACAGAUGUCACGUGUACAAACAGACAGGAACCGGAAACUCGUCAUCGUACACAAUGACGCAGUGUUCUAAAUGGGUGUAUGAUCAUGAUACAUUUGAUGAGACUGUAGUUACAGAGGGUAACCUUGUUUGUUCAGAGGAGAUGAAGCCGGCGCAUGCGCAGAUGGUGUAUUACUGUGGCGUCCUUGUGGGGGAUUUAUUUUUCGGAAUGCUAUCCGAUAGCAUCGGAAGAAGGAAAACAAUACUGAUAUGCACCGUCUGUCUCCUCAUUUCAUCCGUAUCGACUGCAUUUACACCAGAGUUCUAUAGUUUUACUGUCCUAGAGUUUCUAGUGGGAGCGUCUAACCAUGGUCUCUUCAUCCUUGUCUGUGUCAUGGGUAUUGAGCUGACUGGACCCAGUAAGAGAAUGUUGGCGGGCGUUCUUAUGCACUUGUUUUUUCCCGUUGGAUUGCUAUAUCUAACGGGAACAGGGUUCAUCCUGAGGAACUGGAAGACCAUUCAACUGGUGGUAGCGAUUCCGUGUGUGGUGCACGUUUGUCUGUACUGGAUAAUACCUGAAUCUCCAAGAUGGCUUAUCAGUCAGGGACGAUACAAGGAGGCGGAGACGGUUCUUAGGAAGGUCGCGUUAAAAAACAGGAAACCGUAUCCCGAAAAAAUCGAUCUGAGUCAAAUUGAUAAGGUAAAACCGGGGAGAGUCUGGCAAUUGUUCACAUCGAAAACUUUGGCUUGGAGGACAUGCAUCAUAUUUCUUAAUUGGUUUUCAGUUUCACAGAUAUUCUUUGGAACUACUAUACAUAUGAGCAAUCUCGGUGGAAAUUUUUACCUAAAAUUUCUUCUUUUGGCGGUGGUAGAGUUGCCCGCCAUAGCAAUAACGAUAGGACUUCUAUCGAAAUUCGGACGUAGAAAUGUACAUGCCUUCUUUAUGAUGCUAAGUGGAGGCUCAAACCUUCUGACUAUCUUCACCGUUCUACUAGGAGGCAAAGAUUUCGAACCAUUCACCAUAGCUCUAUGCUGCAUUGGGAAGGUAGGCUCGACUGGAGCAUUUGCUGUUAUUUACAUUUUCUCUAGUGAACUGUUCCCAACAGUUGUCCGUACAGGAGGAAUGGGUGCGAGUUCAUGUGUGGCACGAAUUGGAGGCAUGUCAGCACCAUAUAUUGCUAAAUUGGGCACUUUGGUAGGCAGUCAUUACGGCCAGGCGCUCCCUCUGGUGAUCUUUGGCUGUAUCAGUGUCACGGCCGGCAUUUUCACUUUGUUCCUACCCGAGACAGUAAACAAAAGACUUCCAGACACAAUAGAUGAAGGGGCAAGAUUUGGAACAUCGAAAGAAGACUUGGAUGUCUAUGUACAGGCUAGUGACUACUCCGACGACUCGGAGGAGACUAAAUUUCCUCCUCCAGAAGAAAAGACACUUCUUUGACGGAAUGAGGGAGGUGACGCUGCAGUCGCAACAUCAGCAAGUGUUGUCAUAUUUUUGUGUUCGAGAGUACCUACCAAAUGCAGCUCCAUAUUGUUUUAUUAUUCAAGAAUGUAAAGAAGUACCAUAUUUACUGACGAAUUAUUUUGUUUCAGCCUAUUCUACCUCGAUAUUAGGUACAUUCUUGUACUACAUUUUAAUAGUUAAUUGUCUGCAUUUAGAUUGUCAAAAAGAACAAUCAUUAUUCUAAAGCAAAAACUUUGAUAUUCUUUAUGCAUAAAAUUCACUGUGAAUGUAUAAUUCAAAACACGUAGAUUUAAAACAUAAUUCUAGAUAUAGUUCAAUAAAACACAAACUUAGCGUACAUUAAUCAUCAUUAUGGCAGGCUUUCAUUACGUUUGUUGUAAAAUUUUUAAAGAAAAAUAUUAAUUUGCGAUGCAAAUGCAAGUAUUAGAAAUAAUACCAUCAAUCAUAGAUCACCGACACAUGCGUAGUUUGGCGAUAUGUAAAUAACUAUUUUUUGUUAACAGGUUGUCUUCCGUUGUAUUUGCAUUCACAACGCUAUAAAACUUAUGACCAAAAUAUAAUUUCAUUUAUUUACUACAAUUGCAAGAAAAAUCAUUACCUUUUAUUUGGACGAAAGCCGUCUUUAGGACGUACUUUGGGAGGACACUGGAGUACUCAGGUGAAACUAAUUUGGUUGGGUAAAUGACCCCAUACCUUUUCACGUCCGAUCUGGGAAUCGAGCUUAAGUCGUCUUGGUGGAAGGCGGAUUUGUUACCGUUGCUCCACCCGACCACAGCACUGCAGACUGUUUAUACGAUAGUUACUUCCUUUUAAAGGAUUUUCCUGUUAUAAUGUUAAGUCUUCAAAAUGGUCCUUUAAUCAGUUCGGGAAUCUAAAGUUAAAAGUAAGUUAGUUAUGUUAGAAAUAAACGUUAAAAGGUAGAAAUCAUGUAUAAGUACCAAAGUUCACAAAACGCACUCGAAAUUAUCUGAUAUGGAAGUCAUCUAAAAACUGUCGACAAUGAAUUAUUCUAUGAAGAUUUAGCUUUUCAUUGGCAGAUAGAACAUGUGUAAAACAGAGCAUUCUAUUUACUACGGAGAGUGGAAAGAACAAAAUCAUUCAGACGACUGGAAGAUCCAGUAAUGAAAGUCAAAACAGAAUUGGUUUCUUUUUUGUAGUUAGUAAGAACAAAUGUCUGUUUAGUAGAAUACAUAUUAACGUCUAUUCUGUUUAAGGUGUGUGUGUUUGUAUACAUGUUUAAUGAAAGAAUUUAAUUAAAUAUGUACUUUUUUUACAAGAGUCAAUACUGUUAUUUCGAAAAAUAUAGCAAAAUUCAAUGGGAAUCGAACGGGAAAGAAAAUAUAAGGCAAGACUUUCUCCUUAAUUUGGUUGCUUUACUGUCAUCAUUUUCUAGCAGUUAUUUGUACAUUUCCUACAACUGUAAAUAUGUAAUAUAUAUUUUUGUAAAUUAUACCAAGAUGAUGCACAUUUCAUGAAUUCGAUUCCCGAGUCACAUUAUUUAGAUAAGAUCAUCGCACCGGAAAAGGGGCAUUGUAUACUUUUCUAUAAUAUUUCAAGAAUUAUUUCCAUAAUCUUGAACACGAAGUUUGAAAGUACGUUUCACGGAAAAUAAUGUCACUAAUCCUGUAGACUGCAUUCUUAGCCACCAGAGUUACUUCCCUUUUAUCUCUUUAACUCUUUAAAGCCAAUAGCUAUAGAGGACAAGAACGGUAUAUCAUAAAAACUUGGCGAAAUCCCUUAAAUAGCCGUUAGUUUUUCAGCCAUUUGUUGUGUCAGCUUAGAGAUAGAAAUUUUCAUCUACGCCAUCAUUCAACUGGCUAUUGUUAUGUGCAUACAUGUACAUCUAUUCUAUUUCAACAGUGCAAUUGUAAUUCUUAAUAAACAUUUUCAGCUCUA